AUGUUGGACAAGGUUAGGGUGCCCGCCCUCACCAUUUGUCACAACAACAAGUUCAAGAAGGAGGCGGUGGAGAAGAUGAGCCUUCCAGGAGUGAGCCUGUUGGACUGGCUGAACAACGAUGCGCCUGCGUUCUCGCUGCUGGAUUGGGAUGAUUACAAUCUGGAUGAGUUCUUCGCUGCCGCCAACUACAAGUGGGAGGACAUGGUGACCAAGUGCACUAUCGGCAAUGUCAACUGCUCAGACUUGGGAACCAUACGGCCGGUGCAUACGCCGCUGUUGGGCGCCUGCGCCACACUGCGCACCAACACCACCGUCGGUAGGAGCAUGCUCUCCGGCCAGCUGAACCUGGUGCUCAGUGAGGCAGGCAGCUUCGCAGAUCUCGAGCAUGAUGGUUGGAGUCUGUUUGUGCACGAGCACAGCGUCCAGUUGGACGACUUCGCGCUGUUCACCGGUGUCGUGACGCACAUCAAGCUGUACGUCAACAGCUCCAUCUCCGUCAAGCUGACGACAAACGCCUUCAGCCAGCUCCCCGACGGGAACGCAUGCAGCGAGCAGCCGAGCAACGCGGCGCAGUCCUGCCUGGAGCGGUGUUUGUUCGGCAAGGCCGGCAUCGACCGCCCCUCCUGCCACGUGCCAUGGAUAUCGGCGUCUGCCAACCAGCCCCCCUGCACCACCUACCAGCAGUUCAAGAACGCGUCUGGUCUGGACGAGCUCAGCUCAUUCAACGAGUCGCUGAUGGCGGUGGUCAGCGCCUCCUGCGGCUGCCGCUUUCCGUGCCGGUGGGACGAGUACGUCAGCAGCACGCCGUACCGCGUCAACAUAGACGAGACACGCGCGCCGGGGGACGCGCCGCGCCGGCGACCGGCCAGCGGUGUCAUCACCGAACUGACGCUAUGGCUUAGCACCACCCUUCUGAAGACCGAGCAGGCGGUAGCCUACCCGCUGGACCAGUUCCUCUCGGACGUGGGCGGCAGCCUGGGCCUCAUGAUCGGCGGCUCGCUGCUCACGAUCGUCGAGCUGGUCGACUGUCUCGUCUGUGCCUGCUGCGGGGCGCGCAAAAGAGGGUAG